GAGGGGCACUUUUUUUUUUUCUCUCUCCCUCCCCCGCCAUCCCGCCGGGCUGUAGUUAACUUGGUUGCUAAUCUAAUGCGCGGUAAAGUGUUAAGACACGCGGGUUUGGCAGCGCCCAGGCGGUUCUGGCCUUGGCACAGUCCCUCGGUCUCCGUCUUCCCGUAGUAUCGCCGGGGGGUCAGGUCAUGACGCCUCCAGUUUGUGGGCGGUGAGAAUGAUGAAUCGCCUACUUUUUUGCCCUUGCGCUCAACCUCCCUCUCUUCCUCCCCGAAUAUCUUACGCCUCUUCACGACCAAACUCAUACACUUUUCCUUCUUCUCCAGUUUCGUUGCUUUCUUUCACCCUUCCUGCCUAGGCUCUCACCCUCACCAACACAAAACCCUCACAAUGGCUCAAAAAUCGCCCACAAUCGAGGUGACAAACCUCAGCUACAACUUCCAAGACUCGAGCUCCGGCCUCAAAAACAUCUCCCUCUCCGUCCCCUCCCGCUCCCGCACCCUCCUCAUCGGCGCCAACGGCGCAGGCAAAACCACCCUCCUCCGCCUCCUCGCCGGCAAGCGCCUCGCCCCGCAAGGCGGCAUCUCCAUCGCCGGCAUCGACCCUUUCAAAGACGGCCUCGAGGGCGUCACCUACCUCGGCCUCGAAUGGGUCCUCAACCCCAUCGUCCGCACCGACAUUGGCGUCCUCGAGCUCCUGAGGUCCGUCGGCGGCGACGCCUACCCGGACCGCCGCGACGAGCUCGUCAGCGUCCUCGACAUCGACACCGCCUGGCGCAUGCACGCCGUCUCGGACGGCGAGCGCCGCAGGGUCCAGCUCGCCAUGGGCCUCAUCCGGCCCUGGACCAUUCUUCUGCUCGACGAGAUCACCGUCGACCUCGACGUCCUCAGCCGCGCAGAGUUCCUGGCUUGGCUGCGCCGCGAGACGGACAUUCGCGACUGCACCAUUGUCUAUGCGACGCACAUCCUCGACAACCUCGCCGGCUGGCCCACCCACCUGGUCCACAUGCACCUCGGCACCGUCCGCGAGUGGGACACGGCCGACAAGUUCAUCGAGGGCCUCGACGGCUCCACGGGCAACAGCACCCUCGGCGAGCUGGUCCUCGGCUGGCUGCGCAAGGAUCUCAAGGACCGCGGCCCGAGAUCGCAGGCGAGGGUCGCGCCUGAGGGUAAGACGUAUGCGACUGGCGGUGUCGGAGGCUACGGCGAUGAGUCUGAUAAGCUGAAAUAA